AUGACAAAGGGCUCAUUGGUUGGAAGUAUCGUUCAGGAUCUUGGUUUGGAUAUUAAGAGACUUAAAUCUGGUCGAGCGCGGAUCUUUACGGAGGACAGUCGUGAGUACAUCGGUCUGAAUGUGGAUAAAGGGACUCUGAUAGUGAAAGAGCGGAUAGAUAGAGAGGAGCUGUGCGCGCAAGUGUCUCCCUGCUCCUUACAUUUUCAGAUCAUUCUAGAAAACCCGAUGGAGCUGCAUAGAAUCGAUGUAGAAAUAUUAGAUAUAAAUGACCAUGCUCCUGUUUUUACUAGAAAAGAGAUACACUUUCAGAUAAGCGAGCUGGCGGUUCCCGGUGCUCGCUUUUCCUUAGACAGCGCUCACGAUCCUGAUGUGGGUUUGAAUGCGCUUCAGAAAUAUACUCUCACCACAACUGAUUAUUUUACAUUGAAAGAACUGUCGCGUUCUGAUGGUACAAAAUAUGUUGAGAUGGUGUUGCAGUCGCCCUUAGAUAGAGAGCAAGAGGAGGAACUUAAAUUAACAUUGACAGCAUUUGACGGAGGAAGCCCUCAAAAAUCCGGAACAGUUAAGAUUAGCGUCACAGUAAUUGAUGCAAACGACAACACACCCGCAUUUAGCCAGUCCGUGUACAGAAUUUCUUUAGAAGAAAAUGCACCGAUAGGUACAGUAGUGUUAACUGUAAGUGCUACAGAUAAAGACAAAGGAUCAUAUGGUGAAGUGACGUAUUCGUUUUCACAGAGCUCUGGGAAAGAUUUAGACCUUUUUAGAAUUGAUUCUAACAGUGGAAACAUUUACGUUAACGGGCUGUUGGACUUUGAAAGAUCAAAACAAUAUGAACUGAAUCUUGAGGCCAUGGAUAAGGGUGGACUAACAGACAAUAGUAAGGUACUCAUUGAAUUGACUGACGUUAAUGACAACGCACCUGUCAUCAGCGUUAUAUCAUUUUCCAGCCCCAUUCCAGAAAACUGCGCUUCUGACACGAUGAUUGUAAUGCUUAACAUUAAAGAUACAGACUCUGGUAAAAACGGCCAAAUAAAAUGCUCCGUGAAUUCAGAUUUGCCUUUUCGCAUCAAACCAUCCUCCGCAAAUUUCUACACGUUGGUUACUGAUGAGCUUUUAGAUCGUGAGAAAAUAUCUGAAUAUAACAUAACAAUAACUGCUACCGAUGAAGGCUCACCCUCUUUUUCCACUAGUAAAACCUUAAAUCUUAAAAUCUCUGAUGUCAAUGACAACGCCCCUGUUUUUCAGCGUCAGUCUUACACCGCAUAUGUGAUGGAAAAUAAUUCACCAGGUGUCUCAGUUUUAUCUGUUAAAGCGCAUGACAAAGAUUCUGGUAAUAAUGCGCGCGUUUCAUAUUUUCUAGAGGAUAUUCUUGUGAACGGCGUUUCUGCUUCAACGUAUAUUUCAGUAAAUGCAGAGAGCGGAGAAAUGAAUGCAGUUCGUUCUUUCGAUUAUGAGCAAACAAAAGAAUUUAGCAUCCGCGUAAAAGCGCAAGACGGAGGAAACCCUCCUCUGAGCAGCAACGUGAGUGUGAGAAUAAUAAUUCAGGAUCAGAAUGACAACGCGCCUCAGGUUCUGUAUCCGGUCCAGUCUGGUGGUUCUGUGGUGGCUGAAAUAGUGCCUCGUUCGGCAGAUGUGGGUUAUCUGGUCACUAAAGUGGUCGCUGUUGAUGUGGACUCUGGACAGAAUGCCUGGCUCUCAUAUAAACUGCAGAAAGCCACAGACAGGGCGCUGUUUGAAGUGGGUUUACAGAAUGGAGAAAUAAGAACUGUGCGCCAGGUGACAGAUAAAGAUGCUGUGAAACAAAGACUCACUGUUGUAGUGGAGGACAACGGACAGCCCUCUCGUUCAGCUACAGUCACUGUUAACGUGGCGCUGGCGGACAGCUUCCCUGAAGUGCUCUCGGAGUUCUCUGACUUUACGCACGACAAGGAAUACAACGACAACCUGACUUUUUAUCUAGUCUUGGCUCUGGCUGUGGUUUCGUUUCUCUUUAUCGUGUCUAUCAUCGCCAUACUGUCAGUUAAAUGCUACAGAUGGAGACGCGAGCGGAUGUUUUACGAAUCUGGAGCGAAUCUCCCAGUUAUUCCGUAUUAUCCACCCCUUUACGCAGACGGAACAGGGACUUUAAAGCAAGUGUUUAAUUACGAGAUGUGCGGAACGUCUGACUCCAGAAAGAGUGAUCUAAAAUUUGUGCGGCCCUGCAGUGAGAGCAUCGUUAGUCUGGACGCAGGAGGAACGCAGACACUGCAAUACAUGCAGGAGAAUAAAGACAUAUGCAGAGAGGUUUGCUGUUUGCGCCUGGCUCCAUCAAUGUCAUAUUCAAAACGCACUCAGGAAAAUUAUAUUGCCGUUCUAAAACUGAACCCUAAGCGUCGCUGUUGUUUGAUGGGGUUGAUAUUUCUGGUUUAAUUCAUGAUACACGCCU